AUGGCAUCCGAGUUGGAUGCGACCGUUUUGAAGAAAACGCAAAGUUCUCUCGGCAAAUUUGUCAAACGUCCGGCACUGACCGAUAAGUUGCUGCGUAAGCCACCGUUCCGUUUUCUGCAUGACAUCGUUCACGCGAUCAUUCGAGAGCAUGGCCUGCUGGAUGGUUUGUAUACCGUGGACGAACUCAACUCGGACAAUAUUAAGGAUCGGGAUUCAAAAAUGGCGUUUCUACAGAAGCUCAUUGACGUCGUUAAACUGACAACAGGCCUUGAACUAAAAGUUCGUCCUUCGAAAAUAGUGGCCGGUUUGGAACCGGAGCGCACCAACGAACUCCUCCAGGCAGUGGCAAGCGCUUUGGAAGAAAAGCUAAGCACAGCAGACAUAGUGCGACAAUACUUAGGCGACAAUGCAAAGGUAAACGGAACCACCAAUGGUUCAACGAACGGUGUACCCGAAACAAAUGGCACUACCAAGGUUGAGACACGCGAGGACAAAAAGGCAAAACAUGAAAAGACGAAAGAAAAGCCCAAAGAGAGGGAAGAAAAGCAAACAGUCGGCGAUAAACGAAAGGAUAGAACCGCCAAAGUCGGAAAGGAAAAAGAUGUUUCUAAGAAUGCUUCAUCGGUACAGCAGCCGGAAAGCAGGACGGAAAAGGGAAAAUCUAAACCGACCGGUACCAAGGUUGCUAACGACGCUGGUAAAAAGAAACCCGACAAGCCUAGCAAAGGGAAAGAGAAAACACUCAAGCGCAUAUCGUCCAUACCGGAAGAGCAACUUCCUACGGUCGUACCGGUUCGCCCAGAUCCGAUAACAAAUGGUGCGGAAACGGUGGCAAAUGGAACCACGCACGAUGGCCGCAAGCGGAAAGAUUCGUUGAAAGAGUUUGGCGAAUCAGUAACUAUGGUCGACGCAAAUGGUGAAGAUAAUGCUGUACCGUCGGCCGAUGAGGAGCACGAGAAGCGGAAGCAGCAGCCCGGUAGUAACAGUAGCAGCCGAAGAUCGUCGCUGAAGAAGCAGAACAGUUUGACGGCCAGCGAAAAUAAUGCACUGUCGGAGAUGAACCAAUUCAAUGGAUUGCACAGUUCGCUCAGCAGGCAGGAUAGUGGUGGUAUGAUGGCACCUGAUGGGCCGGGACUCGAUGAAGCUGGGUCCGCUGAUGUAGCACCGAACCGAACGCCAGAAGUGUUGGUAACGGUAACACCAAACGAAUCGAAACCGACCACAAAGCCGGCGAUACACCGUCAGCAGUCAGUCGAGACAGUUAUGAGACCGCGGACCAGCCUGAGGCCGCCGAGCGUUCGACCACCAUCUGCUAGACCGGGUGCACCGCGUCGGAAGGAGAAAAAUGUCGAGGUAAUACUGCAACCGAACGAAACGCAAAAGCUCGGCGAAAUCAACGUCAAGAUGGAGGUGUUUAACAGCGAGCUGCUGGACGAUGAUGGUGAGAAUUUGAUCGUGAUCGAGGACCCGUCAACCGUCACCGAUGAUAUCGUGUAUGGAAGAAUGACUCAAGACCCGAGUGGAGCCACCGAAGAGACGGCAACACAGCAGCUGUUGCAGUCGGCCGAGCAGGAAGAGCAACAGGGCCAUCUGGUGCAGCAAAUUUUGGAAACGCAGAAAGAAUUUUCCACCCAUACCGGAACGGACAGUGAGAUGCUACGGAAGGCAGAUAUGGAAUGGACCGCCGGACAGAGGCAAUCGUCAGCGAAGCAGAUGGAAUCGUUGCGCGAAUCGAUACAAAAGCUGACACGCUCCGUCAAUCCGCUCGGGAAGCUGAUGGACUUCAUCCAGGAAGAUAUCGAUUCCAUGGAGCGUGAGUUAGCGAGCUGGCAGCAGAUCUACACCCAAUCCAUGGUGGAGCUAAACAAAGAGCGCAGUGCGACGGAGAACGCGAUCGAACCGCUGAAGCAACAGCUGCAGCAGAUUGAAGUCAACAUCAAGGAGUACCGUGAAAUGAUCGACACCACGCGGGGUAACAUUUUGCAAAAUGAGCAGAAAAUCGAACGGCUGUACAUGACGGAAAUUUAG